GUCGCUCAUUUCACGGGGUUUCCGCAGCAAUCUUUACUCAGUCAACGCUCUGAAUUAUCGAGUGCGGGAGUGCGUAUAUUCCUCCCCGUCUUUCUUCCUUAGAAUUUUUCUUGGAUUUCCCCUGCUGGAGUGAGAGUACUUUGACAGAGUAUAUUCUACUGUGCCAGGGAACCUUGUGACGUCUUGCCGCUGUUUUUCUGAGUGCUGAAUGGGAGAGUUACUGCUCAAGGAUUUCCUGCUCAAAGACGGACUUUAUCUGAAAAGCUCCAUGCCGGGAAUUAAUGCACAUCACGCGGUUACCGUACCGAGCUCCAAGCACUACGACUUCGAGUCCUUACAGCCGUACUUCUACGAGGAGACAGAUGAUCCUGCCCGGGAGGAUGACUUCUACUCCACACCGAGCCCGUCCGUACCGCCCUCCGAGGACAUCUGGAAGAAGUUCGAGUUGUUGCCGACACCGCCUCGGUCGCCCUCGCACCCUGCCCCGAAGUCUUUCAUUCCCACGGUCGCCGAGAAGCUGGAGAUGGUCUCGGAGCUGCUCGACGAAGACGCGGUGAACCAGAGCUUCAUUUUCCCACUGGACACGCAAUCUUUGAAGUCGAAGCUCAUCCAAGAUUGCAUGUGGAGUGGGUACACCAACGAGGAGAAGGUGGAGAAGGCAGCCCAGGCACAAGAGGCGACCCCGCCGCCCAUGGAUUACACCAGCACCGACUGCGUGGAUCCCAUGGCCGUGUUCCCCUACCCGCUCAGCGAGACAACACCGAAAGAGAACCCCCAACGUCUCGGUACACAGACCCCGUCCGACUCAGAAGAGGAAAUUGAUGUUGUGACGGUGGAAAAGAUGCAUCCAAAGAGGAGGAUAAGCAGUGCUGUAGUCCAUCACAACUACUGUGCCACCCUGCCGGUCAAGCGCUCCAGAUCAUCCACACCUAGCAGCAGUCCACAGCACAGCCCAUCUCUUGUUAAGCGACUUAAGUCGGUCAACGUUAGCGAGUUGAAGGCCGCUAUCCAGCCGUACGUCAGAAAAAGCUCCUCAAAUCCUGGAAGUCGAGCCAACAGUCGCCCAUGUAGUCGCCCCAGCAGUGCUCCCACUAGUGAUUCUGAGGACAGUGAGUCAAAGCGUUCAACACACAACAUCUUGGAGAGAAAGCGACGCAAUGACCUGAAGGCAAGUUUCAUCACACUGAGGGAUAGCGUACCAGAAUUGAAGGACAAUGAGCGCGCACCAAAGGUCAAUAUCUUGAGAAAGGCUACGGACUAUAUCCAGUCACUAGAUAAGGAGAUGAAGAAACUAAAUCGGGAAAAAGAUGCCGAACAGAAGAGGCAGCAACACCUGUUACAACGACUUCAGACUCUGCAGAAACUCUGCAGACAAUGACACUGAAACUCGAAAAAGACAUUUGAAAGAUUUAUGUUAGUGGCUUUACACCUGUGUAAAGGUGUAUGGUUGGAACUGAAUGACAGAACUUUUGCUUCAGAUUAUUCCGGUUACUUUUGUUGUCAGAAGAGAAAAGGGAUGAAAACAGUUGUGGUUUGCAGGAAUGAGAAACUGCAUAUUGGUCACAAAGUGAAACUGGUGAACCAGUGAAAAAAUCGUUUGUAAAUAAUAUUUUGGUUGUCCUUGUGUUAGCUGUACAGCUAGUGGCCAGGAGGGCCACACUAAGUUCCCUUGUACAUUUUGUAACUUGACAUUAAGGUUUAUAUAGUUUACUUAAGUGCUUGAAGACUAAAAUAUUCUAUAUUUUCAGUUCUAUUCUUGAGAGUUGAAGAAAAGCAGCCAUUUUGAUAUGUUGUAACACCAAUCAUGCUACGAUUGACAAGUAAAGCUUGCACAUGAUUUUGUAUUCUUGGUACUUCAGAGAUGAAUUUUUGUACAAUAAACAACAAAAACGUUUACUA